UUUCUAUUUUUUGGUGAUUUGAUUGCGUUGUGAAAACACCUAAAAAUUUUCACCAAAUAAGCAAAAAACAGAUCAUUAAAAUAUUUAAAAUUUCUAACAAUUGUAAUUUUAACACAUUUGAUAGCAUUUUUGAGAAUUAUAAAUAAAAUUUUAGUCUAGAAAGAAGAAGCCGUGUGACACACUAGAGAGAAUAGUUGAAAAAUCGAAGCGAUAGCAAAGUAAUGGCCGAUGUUGAAAAUGUCUCGCAAGCAGCUGCGCCAGCAACUGCAGCGCCUAUGACGGUCACGAAUUCCAGCGCGGCUGAUGCGGCCGGUUCAGUUGGGUCAAACGGUAAGCAGGAGGGUGGUGUGCAAUCAGACGGUAAUGCUGCAUCCCACGAUUUAGGGACUUCCCCAACACAAGAAAAAUCGAGCAACUCACAUCCCCACGAUUCGGAAUAUGAUACGGCCAGUGAUCUAGAGGGGGGAGAUGAUUAUGAUGAUGAUGAAGAUGACUUAGAUGAUAGUUUGUCAGAUGAUGAUGAUGAAGACGACGAUUCAGAGACUGAUGACGAUGAUGAGGAAGACGACGAAGGCGUCGAAGGUGAUAUGACUUCACAGGAUAAAGUCGAUGCUGAAGCUCAGAAAAAAGUUGAUGAGGAUAGAAGCAAUCCACAGUACAUUCCCAAACGGGGUACAUUUUAUGAGCAUGACGAUCGCACUGCUGAGGACGGCGAAUGUAUUGAAGUGGAGGGUUCGGAAGAUGCUGAUGGCCAGUCAACAACUAAUGGUGCCGGUGGCAGUACCGGAGGUUCGAAGACGGCACCAACUAUCUCCUCAGCUUCAAAAACUAUGAAGAAAUGGCAGCCUGCUUCUGCCGUGGACCGUUGGUCGCACGAUCGUUUCGAUCCAUCUGAGCAGGCACCUAAAUCCAGGACAGAGCUGGUAUCUGCCUAUGGUUAUGACAUACGCACUGAGGAUGCUCCACCAAAAGCGCGAAGAAGACGUCGAUAUGGUCGGGGACCCAGUAAAUACAAUCGCAAUUGGGAAGACGAAAGUGCCUACCUAAAGACGAAUAACAAGGAGCGAAAACCUCCAAAGCCGUCUGAUUUUCCAGCAUUAAAUGAAAAUUCUGGUAAAUCUCGACGUUCCUCUGGAAGGACACGAGAAGAAAAAGAAAACCGAAUGGAAAGACGUCAGAGAGAGGGAAAGUCUGAUAGAUCCGAAAGACAGAGUCAUUCAAGAAAUAAUCAUCAAGAUGAUUAUAACGAUCGUAGAGAAAGGGGUGGCGAAGGAAGUGGACACAAAAGUUCCAAAUCAAAGUCAAAUUUUAACCGCCAAAAUCAGGCAUCUGUGGGCCGUCAAGCUGCUAUGGAGUUUAAACAGAAAAAUCGUCAAUCCAGUCAGAAUUCAGCAGGUCCUGCAAACCAAGGCCAGGGAAGCAGCCUGAGUAGUCGUUUGGAAGCUCAUCGGCAACCAAAUGCAAAUCAACAGUCCCAGCAUAUCAACAAAAGCCCCUCCACUGGUUCUGGAUUGGGAAAAUCACAACAAAAUCAGGUAUCAUCGCCUCAACAACAACAGCAGCAGCAUAAUGACAAUUAUAACAAGAAGAAAAAUUACGACCAAGGCCAUCAGUCUAAUCAAGGAUCUUCUCAUAAUGCUGUGGUGCCUAAUCAGCAACAACAGCUGCACCAACAACAGCAAUCUUCAGCUAAUCAUAAUGUGGUUCGACAACAAAAUGCACAGCAGUUGCAACCAAAACCACAGCCAACAUUGCCGUCAACGAACUUGUCACAGCGUUUACAACAAGUUCAAAAUCGUAAUGAUCCGAGCCACGUGGGUAGUGUGCAAAUGCAUGCUUUAGCAUCACAGAAUCAGCAGCAACAACAACAGCAACAACAGUUGUUGCAACAUCAACAAACAGCCAGUAUGAUGAUGGCUGCCCCACAAAACUUAAACCAAGCCCAGGAACAAAGAGGUCCACCAAAACGUUAUUCAAGUCUUCGCCGCUCCCAGCAUGAAGCCCAACAUAUCGGUGAACAUCAACAAUUGCAACAGUUGCACAUGCAACAACAACAAGCAGCCACGCCACCAGCUAUGUUGAUGCCCGCGGAACAGGCAAUGCUUCAAGCGAAUCUCAUGCAAAUGUAUCACCAGGAGAAUAUGCAAGCUCAAAUGCAAGCAUUACAAGUAUCCCAACAGGCAAAUGUACCCAAACAGGCUGCAUAUGCCAAUGUAGGUCCUCAGGCGCAACCUCCGGGCCCAUAUACCGGAACAGCGACACCACAAACAGCAUACUAUGUAGCACCAGAUGCCUAUACCCCAGCAUCUGCCGCCCAAGCUACUCAAGCAGCUGCCACAUACGCUGCUCAACAGGCAGCACCCAAUUAUAUGGCUCAGCAACCAAACCCGGCUACUUUGGCGGCUUAUGCUAAUGCUGGACCCACACCUCAACAGACUGUACCAACAUCAGCUUUUGGUGCAGCAGCAGGUGUUGGUGUAGUGCCACAACCAAAUCCUGCAGCAACGGCUGCUGCAAAUUAUCAAAACUAUAAUACGGUGGGCGGUACCACAUACUUUGUACCACCACCGACACAAACCAGUAAUCGACCUGUUUCGUUGCCCCAAAGAAGACCCACUAAUGCUAUACCCAUACUGCCACCUUCCGACAAGAAUAAAUCACAAACACCGGCCGCUCAACAAAAAGUCUCCGAGACAAAAGAUGAGACCAAGUCAAGUUCGUCAAAUGUCACAGCCUCUGCCCCAAUUGGUAGUGCUGAAAAUAUUGAUCAUAUCAUUGAUAAUAUGUUUGUUCAAAGACCAGCGUUCCAACCCCCUGCAAACGCUGCAGCCGCCUCCGCUUCUAAUACCAAAUCAGUGGUAAAUGAAACAUCAUUAGCAGAAAAUUCAAAUUCCACAAAUCCUGUUGGUGCUUCCACACAGCAAGAUAACAAUGCGGCACCUCAAACUAGUGAAAAGCUCACAAAUGAAUCGGCGACGACAUCUACAGAAGUUAGUAACAAUAAUCCAAUAUCAACACAAGAAUGAGAACAAAAGAAACGUUAUUAUUAUAAUACCCAGUAUAAUAAUCAGCAACACCACCAUCAUCAGCAACAACAACACCUUCAAUCGCAACAACAGCAAUCAAUACAUCAACAACCUACUCAAAAUCAACAGCAUCAUCACAUUAAUAACAACAACAACAACGUAAAUUUAUUAAAUAACAAACGUAAAUAUUUUUAGAGGAAAACCACAAAAAAAUGAAAAUAAUUACUAAACCUGGGGAAAAUAACAACAAUUGCAUGAAACGAAGUAAAUAUUUAACAGAAUAUUAACGACUUUACUAAUCACAUAUUUAAUUUAUAUAAUUUAUUAAAAAAUAUUAAUUUUUUGCAAAACGGAAGGGCUAACAAGUAAUAAUGGCACUUCAAGAUAUACCUUAAAUUAAAUAUACAUAAAUUUCUGGAAUUGAAAUUGUAUUUCAUUUUUUUUUAUAUAUUCUCUCGUUGAUUCGAGCAAUUUAGAUACUUACCAACCAAUUAAUUUUCUGUUCUCUUAAACCCUUGUGAAGUUUCAAAUUGUACCCAAUGUAUUGCAGAAUAUUAGCUCUACAUUCAAACUAAUUGAUCUAAUUUUACUUACAUUUUGGUUUGAACUUAGUUUGAAAAAGAAAUUGAGUGUGCAUAUUGAAAUGCCAUUAUUAAUUGUAGCAGAUUUUAGUAAAAAAUAAGUCUGUUAAAAGUAUUUAUUUUAAAUUUCACAGCGUUACAAUAUUUAUUUUUCUAUCGCUUGGUAACUUUUUUGAUAAAUUGAUACAAAUAUAAUAUUAUCACAUUUCUUAAUUCUUUCGGCCUAGCUAUAUCAAUUCUUGUCCUUUGCAUUCAACCAAGAAAAAAUUAACAAAGAACAUAAUCGAUGUAGCAAUUCACCUAAUUGUUUAUUGUUUCAAACGUUUUUAUAAUGAAUUUUCCUUUUCUGAUGACCAAAACAUUUAACACGAAGUUAGUAGCAUUUAUUACCUUUUAGAUUUUCUAGGAAUUAGAAACGUGCCCUACAUAAUUUUAUAUGAAAUCAAUUUAUCACACAAUUACAAAACAAUCUACAUGAAUGUGUCUGAAAGGCUGCUGUUUUUUAUAUUUUUCUUUAUUUAAAUCAAAAAAUUUUCUUAAAAUUUCUAAAAUAUUUGUAAUUUGAAUAUUUGGAUUUCUUUGUUAUUUUAAGACUACAACUUCUUUCUUUACCUUUUUUAUAUAUUUUUUUACAUCGAAACGAAACAUAUGUAUUGUUUAUUAAACUAUAUACGUAUGUAUAUUUAAAAAAAUACCUAGUUGAUUUAUGUAUUUUAUUUUUUUUAUUCAAGCUGUGCUAACGCCUCUGUAUUUAGAGAAACUACAUACUAAUUAAACCAUUUAUUGUGAAUUAGCUUUUAGCAUUUUUCUGUGAAGUGAAUACGAGAAAAAAUAAUGUAUCGCUCAUCUUUAUAUAUGUAUAAUUAAUGAAAUAACAAACAAAAUAUCUCGUACACAAGAUUUUGAAUUAAAACCGAACAUAAGUGUUUUGAAUUAAAGUAAAAAAAAAUAAAAUGAACGAUUUUAAUUAAAACGGCAAA